AAAUAUUUAUUGACACGAAUGGUGCCCUAUACUUUCCUCUUAUCAAUAAUAAUGGACAAUUCCCCAAAAAUGCACAACAAAAAAUGUCUCAUUCUAUUUUGUUUUAUUUUUUAAGUGUAGCUUUUGCGUUAAAGCAACUUGCGCAUUUUCAGAUUGAGCGAAAUGAGUGUAAUGAUAUGAAUGGCGACUCAAAUGAUGGCAUAACACUUGCAUUACAAGCUAAUAAGUCCUUGGAAUUCAAUCCUGUACAUGAUUAUUACUCGACUAGAACAAAGAUUUUUUUGGAUGUCAUUAAGCAAUUAGCUUUUUCAUAUUUUCAUUGGAUUCCACUUUUAUUGGUAUUUUCACAUGGAAUCAGAUUUUCUUUGCCUAUUUUCUUAUCAACACUUUUGAUUGUUUUGGCAUUUAUAAAUAUGUGGCGUGGUGCUGACCUUUACCUUUCUGACCCCAAAGUUUUCAUUAGAUCAUGGCGAUUGCUUACUUUAUAUUUAUUGACGAUAAUAUUUUUCCAAAUAGCAGCUAUAAUAGCACUAACAUUUUUUGAAUAUUUCAUCCAACAAGAAUCUCAAAAAUCGCUUGCCUAUGCGUUAUUCCACGUGCAUUUCCAACGAACUGUAGUCAAUAUUCGAGCUGAUCGCAUAGUUUGUUACCGAGGUGUAGUACUGUACAGUCAAUUAAUUUUCAAAGGAAUGACUGUAAUUCAACAGGAAGAACGUGUACGGUUAGCCACUCUACGGCAUACGAUAAACGGAAUGGAGAAAAUGGAUUUAUCGUUUGGAAAAUGGCAAAUAGAAUUUUUGAUAACAAUUCGUGGAUGGAAUGAAAAGUUGCUCAGCGCUUCUGAGAUGGCAAUAGAAAAAGCAAAUCAAGAUUCAUUAAACCAUUCACUUAAAAUAGAUUAUAUUUCUGAUGCGUUAAAAGAACAAUUGCGAGAUGAUAUUUCAAUGAAUAUAAAGAAGAAACGAAAAAAGCAACGAUUUAUAUCUCUUAGCAGUCUGCUCGAAAGCUUUGCUUUUUGGCUUAGUCUUAAAACUUUAGAUUAUCGUUAUAUUAGAUAUGUGAUUAACAAGGAGAAAGAAUUGCUACUACAAAAAUUACCACAAGAGUUAAGUUUAGUCUCAGAAGAAUCCCUUGCAAAAUUACAAGGAUACAAUCUUGGCAAUAGCAUAUGUUUAGUCAAAAAUGUCACCGAUAUUUUGAAAAUUCCAAAAUAUAUGAAUGAUGUGCAUAAUCGAUGGUUACAAUUAUCACUUUCACGACGUUUGCUAAGUUCCGUAGGAACUUUCAUAGAGUGUAAUAUUUCCACGUUGUGUUUUAUUGUUAUGAUAAUUGUACACGGAAAUGCGCAAUGCUUACUGACCCUUCCUUUGGCCUUACUUGUAUAUUUUUGGGGGGCACUUACAGAUCAUGGUUUUCGUCUUAUGUGGAUUAUUGCUAUUUUCUAUGUUCAGAUAAUGAUCGUUGUGAUGAUUUGUUUCAAGUACACGUCACUACCGUGGGUUUGCACGGACACGGAAAGAUGUAGUUACUUAAGUGCAUCAGUAAUAGGAAGUUUUGUAGGUAUUGCAGAUGAACCCAUGUCGGUUUUAUUGCUUUGUAUUUUGGUUUUGGCAUUAUUUACUCAACGACAUAUCAUGAGGCGUAAUGGAUUUUGGUAUGUAUCAAGUAAACAACUGCUAAGAAACAGAAGCAAACAAAAAAGUUGUCUUCUGACGAUACUGGCUGAUAUGUUCAAAUCUCAUCAACAAACGCCCUAUAAUUAUUAUCCAUGGAUGAUUUUAUCAGAUUUAGCUGCAUUGACUAUUUUAAUAUUUAACUUUUCACAUUUUGACUUGGCUCGACGAGAUGCAUUAAUGUUGACGGAAAUCAAAAGUCAUUUACUGCCAGAUACCUUUAUUUAUUAUUUCAUGACUAGCAUAAUAAUGAUAUUUUUGGAUCGUAUAAUAUAUCUUAGAAAAUCAAUACAUAAUGAAGCUAAGGUUAAACGUGUAAGCAAUGGUUUGUUUUUAUGGUACAUGGCACGUGGAAAUCAUAUGUUGGCAAGUGCUUUCCAAAUUCGUGAUGGAUAUCCACAGUAUAUUAUUGGUCAUACUAUGAUGAAGCCUAAUCCAAUCCACUGGAUACUGUAUGCUGGUUUUUUUUAUGCUGUUCCAUUAUUCGAGAUCACAUCUGUUUUGGAUUGGACAUUCACUAGAACAACUUUAACAAUGCUUGAAUUUUAUAAACUUCAGACAAUCAAUUACUACCUUUACUUUAUUCAUGGAUUACGUAAACUAGAAGUGUUUUAUCCACGAAAACGAGCAGAAACGAUUUCUAUGAAAUUAAAAGUUUUCAUUGGAGGUGGCACAUUACUCGGAAUAUUUGUCGGAGUAUUUUUACCUGUUGAUAUGGUGCUUACACUUAGAAUUGGCUACCAUGCAAUCAUAUAUGAAUAUCAUACCGAAGACUUACCACUGAUUAGUGUGCAAGAAUAUAAUCAGCUUACCAACUACUUUGAAGAUGAUCACCAUGCCAGGAAUUAUCUGUACUCACUCGGUCCGGAAACAAUCAUUGACGUAACAUUGAAUGAACAAGGAAUCACUUAUUACGUGCAUCCAAUCUGGGAAACUCAGCUCAUCAAGCUUAUCACUUCAGCAAAUACUCCACUAAAAAUCAAAUGUCGUAUGAACCUGAAGAGAAUGCGUCUUCAAGAACAAGAAAUCCAGAUACUUAAGAAAAUAGACAGUACACCUCUCGAAGCAGGUCGAGAAUGGGAUAUGGAUAUGACUCAAAACGAUAUGAAAAGACUUUUAAAGGUCUUAAAAUCAGAAAAUUGCAACGAUUCAUUUGAAAUGGAUAUAUCCAAGAUUGUGCCUUCAUUAAUAUCUGUACCUAAUGAAGGAUUAUUGUAUGAAAAACCAAAAAUUGUAGUCGAAAAUUUAAAACGAAAAUUUGUUUAUCUCAAUUACACAUAUCAAUUCCAUACGAAAUUAAUAAUUAAAACCGACUGCACCAAUCAACCAAACACAAGCUACCGUCCUCAUGCAGUUAGUAUAAUCCAACAAGGAUUUGGUCAUAAUGGAUUGAAGAUUGGACCACCAACACCUUUGAGAUUUUUACUUUUCGUAUCAAAAGUUUCAUCAAGUUAUCUGCGAUUUCUGAAUAUUUCUACACCAUCACUGCUGGUGACUAUUGUAAUGAUAUUUUUAAUGAGCUGCAAAAUACGCGACAUUUUGAUGACAAAACCUUUUGAGCUAACAUUUAAAGAAAUUGGAGACCCAACUCGACUACUCUAUCUCUGUCACGAUAUUAGUUUGGUCCGAGAAGCUAAGCUAUUCGAUCUAGAACAUGAUCUAUUUGGUAAAUUGGUAUACGUGCUGAGAUCUUCUGAAGCUUUAAUACAUUUUACAAAAUUUGAGAUGAAAAAUUUAUUCUGAAU